AUGGUUUUUGACUAUCCCGUUUUUGAGAGGGAUGAAAGCGUUGUGGAUAACUUUUUUGGAACUAAGGUCUACGAUCCUUAUCGUUGGCUUGAAGAUCCUGAUAGCUACAAGACUAAACAAUUUGUUCAAGCACAAAAUAACAUUACGAUACCUUAUCUUGACUCUUGUUCAUACAGAAAAGAAAUAAAAUCUAAAAUAACGGAUUUAUGGAACUAUGAAAAAUAUCAAUGCGUUUUCCAGCGUGGUUCAAAAUACUUUUACUUCUAUAAUUCGGGCUUACAAAAUCAAAGUGUGUUAUAUAUGACAGACGAUUUGAGUAAACGUGGUCAGGUAUUCUUUGACCCGAAUACACUUUCUGAAGAUGGGCUAAUUUCACUAAAUACAUUUGGCUUUUCUAAAGACGGUGAAUAUUUUGCUUACGGGUUAAGCAAUGCCGGCUCUGACUGGGUCACAAUAUAUGUUAAGAAAGUUGUAACCGGUGAAGAUUUGGUAGAUAAAUUGGAGAAAGUGAAAUUUACUAGCAUCAAAUGGACUGUUGAUGGAAAAGGUUUCUUCUACGGAUGUUAUCUCAACGCUUCGACUAAUGUCGAUGGUACAGAAACUGAUACUAACGUUAAUCAAAAGCUUAUGUAUCACUAUUUGGGUCGUCCUCAAUCUGAGGAUAUAAUCUGCGUUGAAUGGCCAGAGCAUCCAAAGUGGCUUAGUCAAGCGGAUGUUAGCGAUUGUGGUCGAUAUGUCUUUAUAACUGUUCGAGAGGGUUGUGAACGCAAUAACCUUCUUUAUUAUUUGGACAUGGAAGAAAUUGGUCACAAAAUAACUGAUAAAUUAACAUUGACCCCUAUUGUGGAUUCGUUUGAAGCGGUAUUCGAUUUCAUUACUGUUGAUGGUCGUAGGGUUGUUAUUCAAACUGACCUGGGUGCUCCAAUGUAUAAACUAAUUGUUGUUGAUCUUAAUAAUUCUAAUCGUGAGAAUUGGAAGGAUCUAAUUCCACACGAUGAGUCUUGUCUUCUUGAGUGGGCUGUAUGUGUCAAUGAAAAGGAUCUUGUUGUUUGCUCUAUGAAGGAUGUUUGUCAUAGCCUAUCAGUUCAUGCCUUGGAGUCAGGCAAGAGGAAACGUAAUAUUCCUGUUGAUAUUGGUUCGAUUUCCGCCUUUUCAGGCAGAAAAGAAGAUACGUUGGUUUUCUUUCAAUUCACUUCAUUCUUUACUCCUGGCAUUGUUUACUCCUAUGAUUUAACUGAUCCUGAUGCAAAACCAAGGAUAGUAUUCCAAACGGAAGUGAGAGGUUUGGACCUGUCUAAUUUUGAAUCAAAGCAAAUUUUCUAUUCAAGCGGUGAUGGUACGCGCAUUCCUAUGUUCAUUCUACAUCAAAAAAACUUUGUAGCCAAUGGGAAGUCUCCUUGCCUUCUCUACGGAUAUGGCGGUUUUGGCCAUUCGCUAAACCCUUUUUUCAGUCUUACGUACCCUUUGUUCCUUCAAUUCUUUAAUGGUGUUGUUGCAGUUGCAAAUAUUCGAGGAGGAGGCGAAUACGGCGAGAAGUGGCAUUCUGGCGGAAAGUUGCUCAAUAAACAAAAUUCUUUUGAUGAUUUCAUCGCUGGGGCGGAAUUUCUUAUUAAGAACAAUUACACUUCUCCAAAUAGAUUAGUAAUCGAAGGAGCCAGUAACGGUGGCUUGUUGGUGAGCGUAUGCACAAAUCAGCGUCCAGACUUGUUUGCCGCCACCAUUUGCCAAGUACCAGUGACCGACAUGCUUCGUUUCCAUCGUUUCACCAUCGGUCAUGCCUGGCGGUCGGAUUAUGGUGAUAUUUCCAAGAAAGAGGUUUUUCGUUGCAUCAUGAAGUGA